UCAUCCAUUUUCUUUUCAACUUCACCGGUCAAAAACGGGGCACAUGUGCUUUGUUAACAAUUUUUAGAUAAAACUAACUAUCGAAUAAUUAAAAGAACAGUAAACUUAAACCGGUAGAAGUUCUUCAAAAUAACAAAAAUGAACAGCGAAAAGUUAAAAAAGAUGCAAUCACAAGUCCGUAUCGGAGGAAAGGGCACCCCAAGGCGUAAGAAGAAGGUUGUACACUCUACACAAGCAACUGAUGACAAGAAGUUACAAUCGUCCCUUAAAAAAUUAUCAGUAAACACUAUUCCAGGCAUCGAGGAAGUAAAUAUGAUCAAAGAAGAUGGCACGGUAAUUCACUUUAAUAAUCCUAAGACUCAGGCAUCAUUAGCAGCAAAUACUUUCGCUAUCACUGGACAUGGAGAGAACAAACAGAUCACUGAUAUGUUACCGGGUAUAUUAAGCCAGUUGGGACCUGAAGGUAUCACCCAGCUCAAGAGACUAGCAAACACAGUUGCCAAUGCAGGUGGCGUUGGAAAGAUUGUUCCUGAAGAUGAGGAAGAUGUGCCAGAUCUAGUAGAAAAUUUCGAUGAGGCAUCAAAAGGGGAAGUCACUAAGAAAGAGGGUGAAGAAAAACCAAAAGAAAACUAAUUUAAUGAUCAAGAAACAUUUACUUUUAGUAAACGAAACUUUUUUGACACAUUUUCUUGGUCUCGAUUAUUGUUUUUAAAUUGAAGACAACAUUUUUUGAUAUGAGUUGAAAUCGUAAAAUCUAACCCAAUCAUUUUUUGUUGAUACUUGGGCAUAUGUAUAGGAUAUUUCAUAGGAAAUACAUAAAUAUUCUAAUA